GUUCCCGUUUGCUGGGCGCGCGGUGGACGGUCUGAAACGUAGAGCGCGGCUUUCGCUGGGGCUUCGCGUCCCCGGAGCCCAGCAUGGCUUCCUCACGACCCUCCUCCACGGCAACCAAAACUAAGGCACCAGAUGACUUAGUGGCUCCUGUUGUGAAGAAACCACACAUCUAUUAUGGAAGUUUGGAAGAGAAGGAGAGGGAGCGUCUGGCCAAAGGAGAAUCUGGGCUUUUGGGAAAAGAAGGACUCAAAGCAGGAAUUGAAGCAGGAAACAUUAACAUAACCUCGGGAGAAGUGUUUGAAAUUGAAGAGCACAUCAGUGAGAGACAGGCUGAAGUGUUAGCAGAGUUUGAGAGAAGGAAGCGAGCCCGGCAAAUCAACGUUUCCACAGAUGACUCAGAGGUCAAAGCUUGCCUUAGAGCUUUGGGGGAACCCAUCACACUUUUUGGAGAAGGUCCUGCUGAAAGAAGAGAAAGGUUAAGAAAUAUCCUCUCAGUGGUCGGUACUGAUGCCUUAAAAAAGACCAAAAAAGAUGAUGAGAAAUCAAAGAAGUCCAAAGAAGAGUAUCAGCAGACCUGGUACCAUGAAGGACCAAACAGCCUGAAGGUUGCUAGACUGUGGAUUGCUAAUUAUUCACUGCCCAGGGCAAUGAAACGCUUAGAAGAGGCCCGUCUUCAUAAAGAGAUUCCUGAGACAACUAGAACCUCCCAGAUGCAAGAGCUGCACAAAUCUCUCCGGUCUUUGAAUAAUUUCUGCAGUCAGAUUGGGGAUGAUCGGCCUAUCUCCUACUGUCACUUUAGUCCCAAUUCCAAAAUGCUGGCCACAGCUUGUUGGAGUGGGCUCUGCAAGCUCUGGUCUGUUCCCGAUUGCAACCUCCUUCAUACUCUGCGAGGCCAUAACACAAACGUGGGAGCGAUCGUAUUCCAUCCCAAAUCUACGGUCUCCUUGGACCAAAAAGACGUCAAUCUGGCCUCUUGUGCUGCUGACGGUUCUGUGAAACUGUGGAGCCUUGACAGUGAUGAACCGGUGGCAGAUAUUGAAGGCCACACAGUGCGUGUGGCCCGUGUAAUGUGGCAUCCAUCAGGACGUUUCUUAGGUACUACCUGCUAUGACCGAUCAUGGCGCUUAUGGGAUUUGGAAGCUCAAGAGGAGAUCCUGCAUCAGGAGGGCCACAGCAUGGGUGUGUAUGACAUUGCCUUCCAUCAAGAUGGCUCUUUGGCUGGCACUGGGGGACUGGAUGCAUUUGGUCGAGUUUGGGACUUGCGCACCGGACGUUGUAUCAUGUUCCUAGAAGGUCACCUGAAGGAAAUAUAUGGAAUAAGUUUCUCCCCCAAUGGCUAUCACAUUGCCACUGGCAGUGGCGACAACACCUGUAAAGUGUGGGACCUUCGACAGCGACGUUGUGUCUAUACCAUUCCUGCCCAUCAGAACCUAGUGACAGGUGUCAAGUUUGAGCCUAUCCAUGGGAAUUUCUUGCUCACUGGUGCCUAUGAUAACACAGCCAAGAUCUGGACUCACCCAGGCUGGUCCCCUCUGAAGACUCUGGCCGGCCACGAAGGCAAAGUGAUGGGCCUAGACAUUUCUUCCGACGGGCAGCUCAUAGCCACUUGCUCCUAUGACAGGACCUUCAAGCUCUGGAUGGCUGAAUAGGCAGGACCAUGGAAGAAGGACUCAAGCCUCACUCUCCCUUUAGAGCCAUUUUCGAAAGAAAGGAAUUGAUGUGUUUUGCUCUAUCAUGUAUUUUGCCGGUUACCAUGUAUAUAGAUCCUCAAAAGAAUUGAAUUUCUGUCUCAGCUCCCACUGCAGGCAAGCAGCCCGAUCCCUGGGUGUUGGUCAACCCCUUCCAUGGUUGAAAAAUUUUAGUUUUCAUCUUCAAGCCCCUCCAUGAACUUUGUAGACGUUGUUUUUAUUAAUCUUUUGUUUGAAUGCCCUCUUGCUUCCCUCAAACCACUCAGAGUUUUUACGUCUUGAAACCUGGCUUUCCGUUACAUGGUACAUGUUUCAGGACUCCAUGUGACCCAGCGAGCAAGACGGCUGUGCUCUGUGCAGGAAGCCCUCAAGUAGAGAAGCACAUCUCACUGUGCGCUGGCUGAACAGUACCUGACAGCGAGAACCCUGAGAAUGGAAGGCGGGACGUAGACCACAGCUGUGUCCUGGGUUACGCAGUGGAGGUCUCACCUCAUCCUGUUGAGUUCACUUGGAAUGCUAACUGCAUCGGGAAGUUCAGAACUGAGCAUCUGCCUCUUCAGAAGAUGUCUUCCAUUUUGCUUUGAAGUUUGGCAUCCUUUGUGUUACCCCAAAACUAGGCCAUUGUGUCAAGAUUCUAUGAAAUUUUUAGGAAGCAAACACGAUGCCUCUAUUGUGCACGUUCUUCUCUGUUGGUUAUUUAUAGGUACCCUUCAUGUGGAGGUAACUCUGGGGGGAAAAAAAUCCCUAAUGGGUAUUCCUAAACGUAAGCUUUUUUUCUUUAUUGCACACUUGCUACAGAGUAAAAUCCUAUUUAAAAAACUGUCCUUUAAAGAAUUAUUUUGUAGAGUGAAUCAUUUUUUUUGUAUAGUGAAGCAUUUCCUGAGUCCACAGAGAUCCCUUUUUUUAAGUUUAGGGUGUAACAAAUGAUCUCAAGUAUGGCUUAUUCCAAUUCCAUCUCCUUAGUAAGCAUUCUGUCAGUCUUUUUUAUUUCUAAUAGAGGGCUGUUGCAUUAUAGGCCAGACUACAGUGAACUGUAUCUGGACCCUCUAAUUCUUAUUCAUUGGCCAUGCAGCAGUUACCUUCUCUUUCCACCCCAGGUACACAACCACUGAAAUCUGCAUUCGCACAGAUUCACACAAAAGUAGAAUUGGCAAGGAUUGUGUAUAGAGAAUUGAAGGGCUUAUAUGAUGGCGGCUUGAGCAUUCAAAACACUUGUCCUUUGCUUCCCAGGGAGGCUGACAGUUACUCUUGUACAAACUAUGAAUGAGUGACAUGUAGCUAAAUAGACUUUUUAGUCUGAUUUGAGUUGCAACCAAGUGGUUGCGCAUCCUGUGUCCUCUGGAGGUUCUGGAUUAUCAGCUCUGCCUUCCAUUGGGCCCUUCACUCUUUUCACUGUUUAACGGGCUCUAUUUCCUCCAUAGUUGUGGUGGUUUAGUCAAAGUUGUGUCCGACUCCUGCCACCCCAUGGACUGUAGCCCAGCAGGCUCUUCUGUCCAUGAGAUUCUCCUGGCAAGAAUACUGGAGUGGGUUACCAUUUCCUCCAUAGUUAAGCCAUGAAAAAUUGUUUUUUUCAUAACUGCCUUUGUAGUGUGUGGAAACUAAUAAUGAACCUUAGUGUAUUAGCAUGCAAUUUUUAAAUAUAGUGUGUGCAAGAUUUUCUCAAAGUGAAA